GUCCGAGCACACAGAGAGGACGAUGGCAAUCACAGAGUUAUUCAGAUUCAUCAACUCCUCUCUGCUCAUCAGUCACCGGCCGCUGAACGCCUCUCCGGUCGAGCAGACCGUCUACGCCGGAUGCGCACACAUGCCCAGCGUCCUCAUCUUCUACCUGGUGCUGCAGUUCAUCAACAUGUUCCUGGGCAUCCCGGCCAACAUCAUGGUUCUGUGGCUCAUCCGUAAGAAUAAGGGAGACUCGUCCACCUCAGACAUCUUCAUCAUGCAUCUGGCCGUGCUGGACACUUUCUUCUGCCUCAUUCCUCCGCUGGAACUGGCCAACAUCGUGUACCUGAACGACAGCAGCAUCUGGUUCGUCCUGCGCUUCUUCUAUGGCGUGAAAGACUCGUCGCCGCUCUUCUUGUCCUGCAUCUGUCUGGACCGAUACAUGGCCGUCUGCCAUCCCAUCACCUUCACCAAACUCAAAGACAAGCGGCAUCGCUCGGUAUGCGUCGGCGUCGUGUGGGUCGUCACUUUAGUCUACGCCUCAGCGAAGUGCACAGGAAACAUCCCUACCUUCGACAAAGCCUUCACCGCCAUGAUAGUGACGGCGUUUGCGUUCAUGCUGUUCUGUAACAUCUCCAUUCUCAGGGCCCUCAGGCGGUCGGCUCCAGGCCGAGACGAGAGGCAUCCCGUCAAGAAAAAGGCCUUUAAAAUGGUCAUCGUCAUCUUGGCCAUCAUUGUGUUUAACUACUUCCCGCCGGUGGCUCUCUUUCCGUUUCAAGAUUAUUUCUCUCCGGACGUCUUCCGCUGUUACAUCCACAACAUCGCCUUCGGCUUCAUGGACAUCAGCAGCAGCAUCCAGCCGGUUCUGUAUCUGUCACACCGUGUGCCGCCGUGCUCCUUCAGAAACACAGAAUCUGCGGAUGAUAGUGUGUUCACCGUCGACCAUUGA